UCGUCGUGUAAGCGUAUCGUUAAACAUUUUUGAAGAUUCGUCGACAGAAAACUUUCGACCCUUCGUUCUCUCAUAGGUAGGAAUUAGAAGUGAAGAAAGAAAGAGAAAGAAUAUGAAAAAGGGUGAAGUGGAGGGGAUAGUGUGAGAGAGAGAGAGAGAGCGAGAAAGAGAGAAAGGGACGGAGAGUAACACCUGUCCUGACCUGGUCAAUCAGAUUUUUUCGUUCCUUACCGUGGUAACGCGUUAACGAAACGUUACGAGAAAAAUAUAUCGUUUGCUUUCACAAUCGUCUGAAAUUAAAAUCAAAAAUAUUUUCUAUAGAUCGUAGGAUAUAUUAAUCGUUCAUUAAUUUGUAUAUAAAAUUUUUAUAAGACUCUUAUUCAAUGAUACUGAUAGAAGGAAAUCAAUGUACAAGCGGAAACCUGUGAAAAAAUAUUAAUGUUUUUUAAUAGACGUCAUGUCUAUAUUAAAUGAGUUCUUGGAAGCUUUUUGCGUGAACUAUAGACGUUUAAAUUAGUUGAUAAUGUAGUAAUAAUAAUCUGAGUUAAUAUGAAGAAAUAACAAUCCACAAUGUGCCAGUGUUGUAAAAAGCACUAUUAGAAGGCACAAAUGUUAGAGGGUGGUUAAUUAGUGUCAUUUUUUGAAACAUGGCUUAUAAUCCACAUAAUGUGAAAUAUCCAUCUGAAAUACACGACCAUCCGCAACCAAAUAUGACAGGAUACACAUAUCCUACACAUCCGCCGCAGCAUGUGCAACAAACGGAUGAAAAUAGAAAUGAAAAUAAUUGUGGAAAUAAGGAGACGUGUCCUCAAAUUUCGCAUCAAUCUUCAAGCACACAAACGAUUCAAAAAGUAGAUGCGGCUACAAUGACAGAUCCUUUGCAAAUAGAUUUCAGACUUACUUCUGAAUAUUUAGCGCGUUGUUCCAAUACGUUAGGUUUACCAUAUGUAACAAAAUAUGAGGAUAAUAGCAAUAAUUCUUCACACAAUUGUCAAGAAGUUCGGCCAAAGCUUGAAUUUGAAGUAGAACCGCAGCACAUCAACGGUAUGCUGGUGUAUCACUGUCCAGAAUGUGCAUAUAGAUUUGAAGAUCGUGAAACAUUGCAUGAACAUCUAGAGGAUCACCGGCAGCGGCCUCAUAUCUGUGAUAUCUGUGGUGCAAGCUUGAAGCGAAAGGAACAUCUUGAUCGACACAAACAAGGCCAUAAUAAAGAUAGACCUUAUCAAUGCAAUAUGUGCUGUAAAGCGUUCAAACGUAACGAGCAUCUUGCACGCCACAUGAUUAUCCAUUCAGGCAGCAAAAAUCAAAUUUGCACAGAGUGUGGCAAAGGCUUCUACAGAAAAGACCAUUUGAAAAAGCAUUUACAGAGUCAUAACAGUAGUAGAAAUAAAAUUUUAAAUAGCUCACAAAAUAACCAAAAUGGUCAAAGUACUAACGAAGAAGGACUGAGUAGUUUUGCCAUGAUGAUGAGGCAAGCUGGGCCACCUCCGUUUUCCAUUUUGCGUACUUAGCUGUAAAAUCUUCGCAUGUUUUUACGUGAAUCACGAGCAGAAAUCUUUUUUGUAAUUUAGGAAAACGAAUUUUUCAGGGUUGAACUUUACUAGAAUUUUAAUAAAAUAUUAUAAAUUGUGAUUAAUGUCGCAAAAGAUUGCAAUCACAAUUUAUCGAGCAGUUCUACGUUAUUGCCUAUUAACGUAUAUCAAUAUGAGCAAAUGAAACAUUUUCAAUAACUUUUAUUCUUUUAAUAAUAAGUUUCGAAUAUUCAAUCGUUUAUGCUAUCUAAAAGUUUUCUAAAUCGGUAAACGUUUAAUAUUUUUUAUUAUAAAUAUUACUUUGCUUGCGAUUAUUGAUUCUAAAAUCAGUCGUCUAAGUCAAAUUAACGUAAUUCAAAUUAUUCUGCUUCUGCUAAAUAUUAUGGAAAGCAGUGACUGUUAUUUAUCAUUAAAAGUAUGUUUUUCGUUACUGUUUAAAUGAUGUGCUAAAUGUUGUUAGCUAAGAGUUACUAUGACAAAAGGUUAUUAUACCUCUACCCUUCUUAUAAUAAAUAAGACAAACAUUUAUAAACCUUUUGAGAAACGGAGUAAAAUUCGAUAUUAAUAUUUUAUGACAAUUUGCCUACAAGUGUGUCUGUUAUUACGUGCAUAUGUUGAUAACCAUAAAAGAGAGAGAGAGAGAGAGAGAGAGAGAGAGAAAGAGUGAAUGUAAUAUUAUUAGGUAAUUAAUUAAUAGUUGGUAUUUUACAUUUACACUGUUCAUGUAUUAACAAGCAUACACUGACUCACGUAUACAUAUACGCACGUUAAUAAACGAGCGUACAUAUGUAUACCGUAUUAUAUCGUUAUUUUAUCAUAAUAUGAUUAUUAUUAUUGUUACAAUCCCUAUUGCCACUAUUUCCGCUACCGUUAUCACUGCUUCACAGUCAUUUUUAGUACCAUUAUAAGUUUAAUUUUAUUAUUAUUAUUAUUAUUAUUAUUAUUAUUAUUAUAAUUAUUACUAUUAAUAAUAUUUUGUUGUAUCAUUCUUGUAUAUUAUUUAUAUUUAUGGAGAAUAAUUGACUGUCCAUCGGUUUUGUUGUAUUAUAAUUUAAAAGUAAACGAAGAUGAUUAUGUAAACCAGGCAAGAUGAAAGAAAAGAAAUAAAAAUGGAAAGGAAACGUUAUGUUAUGUUGUAGCAACAUGAUUAAAUAAAUCAUUAUUAUAUAAAUUCUACAGAUUUAUCUAAUCCGCGUGAGCAAUUAAUUUUUUAUUAUAAUAUAUAUAUAAUUUAUCGAACGGACUAAGAAGAAGGAAGCAAACGAGGAUGAUCGGUUAAAAUAAAACUUCAACGACGUUUGCACUUUUUCCAGCAUUUUUUUACAAUUUUUAUAUAUGUAUAUGUAUUAUGUAGGGUAUUACAUAAAGCAGCACUGGGAAAUAUCUGAAAAAUGUUCACAAACUUUAAACUUCCAUCUUUCUUCGCAGCCUAAAUUCGUCUGUAUGUUGCUAUAUACCUACAUCUUUCUAAUCGCUUUUUUUUCCUUAUUAUAUAAGUCUUGCCCCUUUUCAUUCUAAUUAUCCGUUUUUUCCCUCUUAUGCGUUCCUGAAAGUUACACGUUUUAUGCACUCUAUACAAAAAUAAAACGCUGAGAUCAUCAGAGGGAUCGCCUAGUUAUACACAAUUUUUUUUCUCUCUUCUCCUUCCUCUUCAUCCUUUUAACCUUUUCUCCUUUUCACACUCUUUCUAUCCCUUUCUAUCUCACGCACUCAUCACAUAUACAUCCUCUCUCUCUCUCUCUCUCUUUCUCUCUCUCUCUCUCUCUCUCUCACUCUCAUUCUUUCUUCCCCUUUUCCUUCCGAAAUCUUCGUAUGUAUUUUUUUUGAUUUAUACACGACGACGAAAGAACUGCAUGUUUUGUACCCUGGAAGACUGCGGUACAAAUGUUCAACUUUGUGGGAACGGAUUUUAUGGGUUGAGGGGGUAAGGAAGGUAAGAAAAAAGUAAUAUAAAAUAUUAAAAAAAAAGAAAACUGAACAAUAUCAGGAUACGUCCGAACAAAAAAUGUUGUCUUUGAUGGGCUGAUUACGAAGUGUCCUUCUUCUCGAAUUAAUGCUUACCGGGUGUCCACGAAGUACGCGUAAUUCUAAUUAAACGAUUUCGAUAUAAAUUUUACAUUUUAUUCGUAGUAUCAAGAAUAAUAUCGGAUAUUAUAUUCUCGUCUCUUGGAGAGAUUGAGAAAAAGAGAGAAAGAGAGAGAUUGAGAUAUAGAGAUAGAAAUAGAGAGAGAGAGA